AUGUGUUUAAAUAUAGCCGUGCCAGUUGCACCGCCAACGCCUCAGGAAAUUCAAAGGAAGCUUUCUGUGCAUGCAACCACCUCACCCGCCCCGAUCACCCCAGGUUCGACGCGCCGGCGCUCGACCAAAAAGCUUGCAUCUGGCACCAAUGUGAGCAGCAACGAGAGCGAUUCGGAUGCGGGACCCACGGGUGGCUCGUACUUCCCUCCUCAGGUUUCAGUCUCGCCAGACAUACCUGCGGCAUCGCUCCAGCCGCCUCUAUCUGUUAUUACUGAGCGAAGGUCACCCAGUGGCGAAGAAUCGGACGAGGAUGAGGAAGAGAGCGAAUGGCGGCCUGGGGAGCUGCACGAAAACGAGGAAGCCCAUGAUGAAAGUGUAGUGAAAUCGGGGUAUCUUUGGAAGAAGGGGGAACGCCGGAAGACGUGGAAGAAACGGUGGUUCGUGCUGCGCCCAACGAAACUUGCUUAUUAUAAAAACGACCAAGAGUACCAAUGUCUCCGUAUUCUACAUCUCGGUGACAUCCACACCGUAACAACCGUAUCCCUUAAACGUCAUAACAAUACCUUUGGCAUCGUCACACCUACCCGAACUUUCUACAUCCAAGCACCCAGCCUGAGCGAAUGCGACGAUUGGGUGAACACUCUUAACGAUUCACGCAACAAGCUCAAGGAUUUAGAGACCCCGCUGGCUCCAACUCCAAUCGUUGGGACUCCUCGAGGCAAUAACGCUGGUGGGAGUUCGGCAAGCCCUGGCGCACAAUGGCCCGGAGCGCCUCCCUCAAUCACAACGACAAGAUAUGAUAGCCUUCCCCCGCAAUUGGGUGCACCUGUAACACCCACAUCGCCCAUCGCGGCUUUGAACCUGUCUGGAGUGUCUUCAGACUCGGACGACCCGUUCACCUCGGCCACUGGCUCCCCUCCUCGUUCAACUGUCAUUAGUGUCCCCCAAACCCCUACUGCACCUUCUACUGUACAAGGAAUCAGUGCCCCUUUACCCCAACAGCAGUCGAGCAGUAAAGUCGUUCUUUCCGGUUAUCUCAUGAAAUGUGGCUCGAAACGCAAAACGACUUGGCGAAAACGGUGGUUCACUCUUUCGACCGAGAAACUGUCGUACGCAAAGUCGCAUAUGGAGGCGAAGCAUGUCAAACACGUACCACUUGUGAAGGUUGUGGAUGCCAUUGAGUACACCCCUGCUGGAGCAUCUGCGGGUCACAAUGACAAUCACGGGCAUGGAGACGAAGGAGAGGAUGGAGGGGCAGAAAAGCCGGGUUUGAAGCAUACGUUCAAGAUUAUCACCACGGAACGAGGAGCGAUCUUGUUAUGUGCGCCUAGCGAAGAAGAGGAGAUUAGGUGGCUGAGUGCCGUGAGAGCGUUGACCGCCCGGCGGAGGAGCACAGAGGGGAGACCACACUAG